GAAGAGAAUGUAUACAAUGGGAAUCAGAAAAUCAAUUAAGUUAUGAAAAACACCAUUAAUUGCCUUUCUUUGUCACCGCAGCUCAUGAAGAAAUGGCGGAUCUCUAGAAGCUCUACAUUUGACCAAGUUCACUUGCCGUCUAAUGACGUUUAUAGCAACGACAGACAUCGCAUUCGACAGGAAUAUUUACGUAUUUUAGAGAUACUGAAGACAAAGUUUCAAAGGGAUGAGAAUGAGCUGAUGGUUUUGGAAGUCUUCCAGAAGACGUUGCAAAGAGGAGAGAGGCGGACUGGAAGAUGCCAAGAAAAAAACAACAGAAUCCACAGCCAGUCAAGUUGGAUUCUGAAGAUGGUGUAGCCAUUGAAGCUCCAGGAAACCUCACCUUAGACACAGACUUCCUUCUAGGACAAGACCUUGAGUUUGGUGAUCCUGAUCAUGACAACAAGAUUCUAGGCCUGGAAAAGUUGUCAGAAGUAGCUGCUGAGAUUGGUUUCUCUGUGUAUCCUCUGGGUGAUGAGCAGAGCCCUGCCUACAGCCAGCUCAGCAUGGAAAGUGAAGCAGACAACUCACGUGGCACAGCCGACAACGGAAGGGAAGAUGAAGGCAGAGGAGGCCAGUCGGAGCCCACGUUCCCCCCCUACCUGUCCUGCAGGGGCUGUGGCCAGCUGCGCGAUGAACCUCUUGGACCAGGCAUCGACCUAGUAGGUCCAUACUGCCUUAGGUGCUGCAAAGCCUCCAGGGAAGCAAAAAGCACAGACUUCUGCUCUUCGUUUGGUAGCGUCAGUGGGAUUCGCUCGGGUUCCCAUGUACAGAUUGACAGUGAAGGGGUGGGAAACGGGGUGAGCGACAAAGUACUGACAGGUGACGACGGAUUGCCCAAAUUGCACUCGUGCCAUCUCUGCGGCUUCUCCUCACGCUACGCCAACCAUGUGAAACGGCACAUGAAGACGCACAAUGGGGAGAAGCCCUUUAACUGCCCACUGUGCACCUACGCCUCCGCCCAGCUGGUUAACCUGCAGAGACACCUGCGUAUCCACACCGGGGAAAAACCCUAUAAAUGUGACAGCUGCACUUUUGCCUGCAGUUCGCUUGGCAACCUCAAGAGGCACCAGCGCAUGCAUGUGCCUUCCACUGGCGUGGGACAGGACGCCCCGCGCCCCACCAGUGGCCAAACCAGUCUGAAGAGGCAAGUGACGGGGCAGAGAACCAACAUGGAGGAGCCGGGGGCUUCAGCCAAGGAGGUUGUGAGGCCAACAUCAAACCUGAGUUUGGGUGCCCAGAACAAUAACUACCUAUCAGCCUUUGACAGCUUGAAGGGGGCACCGCCGCCCCCCCUACCAACCUCAAACCCAGCUCCUGGCCACCAGCCUUCAGUUCUCCAUGAGAGCACAGGCAGCAGCGGCAGCAGGGCACCAGUCCAAACCAGAGGAGGUGUAGCGGACGCUCCCCUUCCCCCCUCACUUUUCCCUUUCACUUGCCGGUUGUGCGGCAUCGUCCUAGAGGACGAGGACGGUACGUCCGCCCAGAUAUGUGCCAAGUGCACCCUUGAAAUGCUGACUAAGGACUCGUCAUCAUCACCCAACAGCCCCGGCGAGCGCAGCGACAAGGUGUACACGUGCGCCGCCUGCCCCUUCCUCACACACUACCCCAACCACUUGGCGCGCCACAUGAAAACCCACAGCGGCGAGAAGCCCUACAAGUGCCCACAGUGCGACUAUGCCUCCGCGCACUUCGACAACCUCAAGCGCCACCACAGAGUUCACACCGGCGAGAAACCCUACAAGUGCCAUUUGUGCGAUUACGCCUGCGGGAACCUGGCCAACCUGAAGCGCCACCAACGGGUGCACUCGGGCGCCAAGCCCUUCCAGUGCGCCGUGUGCAGUUACAGCUGCAACCAGAGCAUGAACCUCAAGCGCCAUAUGCUCCGGCACACAGGGGAGAAGCCCUACAAAUGCCAGGAGUGCGGCUACACCACCGGCCACUGGGACAAUUACAAGCGGCACCAGAAGAAGCACGGCCUGGCCACGGACGGCUGGGUCAAAGUUCAGAUGCCUCCAAACGAGGAGGAGGACGAGGUCGAGGAAGGGAUGAGAGUUGCUGUGGGUGUUGGAGUUCAGACUCAGAGGAAAGACGUAGGGGUUGAUAUGCAGUAUAUGUCCAGGUAGGAAAGACGUUACAUUUGUGCCACAAACUUGAGAUUGUAUAAAAAAAUAUAUAACUCAGUAAAACUAAGCUACCAGCAACUUGUUUUGUUUUUUCCACAAAGCCCUUAUAUUGUUUUUUGUGUGUGUUGGUCUUUUGAGUGUUUUGUCCAAUGUCUUCAGAGGCUGCUACUUGUUUGUUUGUAGAAUCCUGCACAAUUAAGAAAAACAAUGUUGAGAAUAUUUUGAUGCCUUUUGGAUGGAGUAGGGUGGUGGAAACUACUCUGUUGUUACUGUAUUUGUGUCAGACAAAUGGACUUACUGUAAAUGAGUGCACCACUUUAUUAGUCUUUUUCAUAUUUUUUUUUACACAACAGGCUAAUCACCACAACAUUGCCCUAUCUGAUUUUUUAAAUUUUUAUUUAUUUAUUUAUUUCAUUUUCCACACUACAUCUGAAAACCACUUUUGCCCUUUUUACCAAACAUGAGUGAAAACAUAAAACUUGUGUCCACUUUUGCCUGAAUUCCCAAAGCUGCAUUGUGUAGUUUUAGGAAGGAUUUUUAAAAAAAAAAAAAUAUUUCAUUUUUUUUACAUGUCAGUGUCAUAGAAUAAAUGUGAUUCCCUGGUGGAUGCUACAAAGAACCUAUUUUUCUCGGUGUUCCUACUGCACCGUGUCAACAGUAAAGAAGUGGCAGCACCGCAGUACAUUCAGUUGUGUGAAGCACAGAUUCCAAAUCUGUGCUGUAAAUGAUUGAGUCCUAAUUUAUUCCUAAAACUACACAGUGCAGCUCUUUGUCAGGGCCCAUGCGGCGCUUUUUUUUUUUUUUUUUCUGAUGCACCAGUACUGCUAAUGGCAUGCCAUUAGACUAGUUGUUUCUGGUAAUGUUGACAUCGAGCUAUCAGUUGAUUGUGGUAAAUUAGGUUAUCUUAAACUAUUAAAAUAAUAUUAUUUCUUAUCCAAGCCUAUGAAAAAGACAAAAUUUCUCAGCCAAAGCCUAUUCGGAAAUUUGAAAUAUAAAUACACAUAUUUGGAAAAGCUCUGGUUGCGUAGUUGAUUGUAUCAUAUUGGAAAAGAAAAAUCAGUAGAAGUACUUCUGUGCAAGAUGAGCAGAAGAAACAAAACCAGCACUGGUGCACCACUAUUUCUAGUUUUGAAUCAUGAACAUGUUUUUUCAACUGUUAUUCCCCAUCAGUUCUUCCUUGAUACAUAUCACUCAGCCUUCAUGGAUUUUUCGAGUCCAGCUCUCUGCCCUUACCCCCUCUGGGAAGAGUCAUUUUGAGGAAGACCAUACGAGUCAUGUUGCUUUUGAUUCCUGUUUCUUAUUGACUGUGAAAUUAGCCCAUUGUGUAUUUUUUUUUUUUAACUUGGGAAAAAAAGGAUGACACUUAUUAGUAAGCAUGUGAGUGUCAACUAAAUAUAGUAUAGGUUUCUAUUUUUUAUUUUUCUAAUGUGGCUGUAUUACACUAUUAGAAGUGCAUACUUUAUUAAUAUAUAGAACCUUUUUUUUUUUUUUCUAUUUUGAAUGUGUGAUGUGUCAGUGGCAUUUAGUUAAUCUAGGAAAAAAUAUAAUAGGGACCCUGGUUUAAGUUUCAUCUCUUUGUGAAUCACUACUAUUAUAUGCAAGUGAGGUAUUUUUUCAGGUUGCCAUGACAGACUGGAGCAUCAAAACCCAUUGAUUAGUACUGAGGUCCCCAAGUGUUCUCUUUCGUCCUUAUGCAGUGGUUUCAUAAUUGCCUUAAGUGAGGAUUUUGAAAUAAACACAUGAAAUUUAUUUCAUUUAAAGUCAA